GGGGCGGCUGUGAUUGGCUGCUGCCCGCCUCUGAGUCCUGUUGUUUGAGGCUAUAAAAAGAUGAGAGGAUGGGAGGCAGCAGCAGCCGCGCAUUGACAAGCUGGACAAUCACAUCCAGUGACAUACAAGACAAGCACAAGAGUCAUUCUCUCCGUGUCUGGGAACCCGACCUCACCGCCAGGAUGUGCAAAGGACUAGCCGGGGUCACCUCCUUCCCUGCCACCUGCCUGAAGAGUGCCAAAGAUAUGAAGCAUCGACUUGGCUUUUUGCUGCAGAAAACAGAUAGUUGCGAUAAUAGCUCCUGCACGAAGAAAGACAAACCUGGUUGUCAGAGGCUGACUUACGAUGAAGUGAAGAAAUGGACAGAAUCCUUGGAAACCCUCCUAAACAGUGAAUGUGGCGUGGUAGCUUUCAGAUCAUUUCUUCAGUCUGAAUACAGUGAAGAGAACCUUGACUUUUGGCUGGCAUGUGAGAAUUACAAGAAAACCAAAUCUACAGCAAAGCUGACAAGCAAAGCCCAAAAGAUCUAUGAGGACUUCAUUUCUGUGGAGGCUUCCAGAGAAGUGAAUCUGGAUUCAAUUACUCGAGAGGAUACAACAAAAAGCAUACUUCAGCCAACAAACUCGUGUUUUGACCAAGCCCAGCACAAAAUCUUCAUCCUCAUGGAGAAGGAUUCCUAUCGGCGUUUUCUAAAGUCACAUUUCUACCUGGACCUUGUCAGCUUGCCCAGUGGUGGAAGCGCCAAGAAGAUGAAAGGCCUCAGCACUGACAGCAAUCCAUUUAUUCCUCAGUGUGCCUAAUAAAUAAGACUUAGACUGUGCAUGGCCGCAGUUAAGAACUUAAUGUCUGUGUGCUCUUAUCUAUACUGUAAGAUGGCUCAGAUCCGGUCCUGAGCCAGCUCCUCUUAUUUAUUAGAUGUGUGUGUGUCUUGCAUGCAUUUCUGUUUUAUUGGGGUGAGCUGGAAUUUUCACUCAGACCCGUGCAAUGUUAUCCAGAUUAGGGACUCACUGGCAUAUGGGUGAAACAGGUCAAACUGAACAUUCUCAGGUGAUAUUUAUGAAAGGUUUCAGGUGCCUUCUCUGUGAAGGAAUCAUUGACUGAUCUUAUACCCAACAUGAUGCUACUGAAGUCUAUAUGACUAUAGCAAAGCAUUAAAUAAGCUUGCUUCUGACAUAAAUAUAGUACAUACAGUGCAACGGGGCACCCCUGUGUUGGUAAAGCCUUCAGCUACAUAGGUUUUCUUAGAAACGGUGAAGCUGGGUAGCAAUGCCUUUGCCAAGGCAUUGUAAAUGGACAUGGAGGUAGAUACUACUGACUGGAGCAGGCAACGCUGCUUUUAUUUUAUUACAGAUAUUUAUUUUGACAAAGCUGUCUUUAUUUAAUUACAGUGAUUCACUUUGUUUUCUAUACAUUUUUGGGAUUUUUUUUGGCAUUAUUUUUAUAUGUUAUGUUGUUGGGAUAAGAGGUAUGGAUUGAUCAUUGAUCAAACAGUAAUUUUAUGAACAAUUGAGAUGAAUGAAAGGAAACCAAGAGCAACUAGUGAAACCUGCUACUGCAGGGAAGAAGUUUGUCAUUCAUUAGUGUUACAAGCAUGUAUCUGCUUGGGUACCUUGAAACGUGUGUGCAUGUUUGUGAUGUCAAAAAAGUCUGUGAAGCCAAAUAAAUGUAAUUUAUUAUAGCAACAGUAUCCUGGGAUAUGUUGACCUAGUAAGGAUAACGUGAUGGUAUGUAUUGACAUACAUAUGUGUAUUUAUUAACAAUUGAAAGCAUCAGCUUAUUCCAAAAUAUAUAAUUUCCAAAGAGAAGGAAACAGUGGCUUAUGACAAAGUGGGGUUUACUACUUAGAAGCCCCAUUUAGGGUUUCAGCAGUAUACUCUGUGGACACAGUCUGUGUCAAUGCAUAUAACAGUUUCCAUAAACUAAAGAGGUAAUGGGGGAUUCCUCAUUGUCCAAUCAACCAAGAAUGCCCCCCCCCCCCCAUGAUCAACUGUGGGCAUUGUUGCAGGUCCUGCUAGCCCAUGGAGAUCAACUGUUACAAACCUGCAAUCACUUAUAGUAGGCGAUGUUAG